AUGUCAUCCACAUCUUCUUCCACUGUCUUCAUCAGGUUGGCGGUUCCUGGCAACGAAAACGGCCGCAACCAGCACAUUGAUGACCAAGAACAAUUUGUUAUAAAAUUCAUGACAGAAGACAAAAUUUUAGACGAAUUUUAUGCCAAAACGAAAGCCGAAAUUGACGGGGAACGGCUCAAAGUAAGCAGCGAAUGUGAGGACCCAUUUUUCGAAACUACGUUCCAAAUCAAGCCCGCCAAUGGGCUCGUCUUUUUGCUACCUACUUUCCUCGACGGCGUCUCAUCUUUGGUGUGCGAACUGAAGAAAAGAUUCCGUGAACUAUCUGGAACAGUGAUUUUACAAGAUCCGGCUCUAUUCAAUCAGAGCUUGCAUCCCUCCAUCCGAAAACAGCCAACCGAACGCAUUCUCUUUGGAAACAUCUUGAACGAUGAGUUCUACAAUCAUUUCAAUGUUUUCUUCAAGCCAGGAUUUACUUCAACUAAUCGAAAUGGCCCAGAGAUAAACACGAUCCAGACGCAUUUCGAAUUCGACAAAGUUUGGCCGGUGACCACGGAGUUCACUGUGGAGGAGUAUGAUGGUAACAGUGGAACUUGGGUUUUGGCGAAGUAUCUGAUAUCGGUAGAAGGAGAUGCAAUCCGGCAGAUCAUAGUCGAUCAACGCCAUCAGCCUCUGCAAGGAUCAUGUGUGAAACGAAUCUACUUUGUGAUGAAGACCCCGGUGGUUAUCAAAAAACAAGUGAAUCCAAUGAGUGCCCCGGAGAAGAAAACUUUUUCGAAUCGAGUGUUGGAUCUGCCAUGCGGACACAAUCCAAAUCUGAGGUCAUCCGAAAAAGUGCUUACGGAAAAUAAGGUAUUCUGCUUGGAAUUCGGAUACAACACUUUCGAUCAAUAUACAUUUCACAUAAUACUGUCGAGGCUCUGCUGUAGAUGGAACAUUCCAAUUGAAUGUGGAAGAUUUUUUGACUACUACAGGAAAGACAUUCCACAUGUCAUCGAAGACCACAAAAUAAGUCCAUACAUUGCGGAGAAGCCAUGUGAUUUGAGCAAUCGAGAUUUUUCGGACUUCCUGAAUGCUAUUUUUCCACAGCGACAAUCAGGAGGCGACAGAAAGGUUGCGGAUCGAAUCAGCGAAAGACGAUUCACGUACACAUACCUCAUUGAAGCUUUACUGUCAAGAGGAUCCUCAGUCAAAGAUCAACUCCUGUUAAAUCGUGACAGAUGGUUGAAAUUUUUGAGAAUUAUCUAUGAUCAUGUGGAUGACGAUGCGGGUAACUCCUUCUGGCAACGACACAAUCUCUGCGAAGCCGCGCUUGAAGAUCUUCUGAAUCAUGUCGACAAUCGUCCUCGGCUCGGGGACCUCAUAAAGGUUUUCAAACGAUUAUGCCUUGCCAGAAAAGAGAGUGGCCUCAGUAAUCAAAUUACUGAGGAAGAAUGGAAGGAAGGCUAUAGAAAAGUGCGAAAAGUGAUUCUUACUCCAACUCGAAUAAUUUUUUUGGCACCGGAAACAAUAAUGGCCAAUCGAGCAAUCAACGGUGCCGAUCACGAUGGAACUCGUAUUAUAAGAGCCACAUUUCGAGAUGACAACUUCCAGAAGAUGAGGUACAAUCAAUUGAGAGACUUGUUAGAGGAAAGAACACUCAAUCAUCUGAGGGACGGAUUUGUCAUCUAUGGAAGAGGAUUCAGCUAUCUUGCUUCUUCAAAUUCCCAGAUGCGAGAUGGCGGGGCUUACUUCAUGGAAAGAUGGAAUAAGACACAGCUGGCAGAAUAUAAAGAGAGAUAUCCAAGAAUCCGUUUUCCAGAUCCAUCAUUCAAACCAAAAAUCAUCGAUUACCGGAAAAAGCUUGGAAAAUUCAGUAAGACCGGCAGCAUUCCCAAGGCCAUGGCAAGACUGGGACAGUGCUUCACACAAGCGAGACGUUGUGAUGGAGUAGAGAUCUGUUUGCAAGACUACACUAUGAUAGUAGACGCUGUUGGCGGUGCGGGACAAUACAAGUUCACAGAUGGCGUCGGAUGCAUCUCUGCCAGGCUUGCAACAAAAAUCUGUCAAAGCAUCUCCAUCAAAUGUCUACCUAGUGCAUACCAAAUUCGGUUCAGAGGUCUGAAAGGAAUGCUGGCCAUCGAACCAAGUAUUGAUGAGAUUGCCGACUAUUUCCUGAAUAUCUAUCGAAAAGGAUUUAUGAUAAAGGAGUCUAUAGAAUCGGCUGACUUGGAACCUUAUACAUUCAAAUGCCUCUUUCGUGGUAGCCAACUGAAGUUCCACAGCAGUCGAGGAAAAGUUGAAGAGUGGCCCAUCGAAAUGGUCAAAUGGUCCUCUCCAACACCAGUGACUCUCAACAAACCAUUCAUUAACAUUCUGGAUCAAGUAUCCGCUAUGCAGUCACUGAAAUGUCAUAAAAGAGUAACGGCUCGAAUAGAAGAGUUGCUCUCAAUGGAAAUGGUUAACUACUCGAAAUGGAUUGUAAAUGAGGAGCAAUGUCGAAACAGAUUAGAGGGAAUGCCACGGCGAGUUCAUUUUGCGACGCUGGAAAGGAAGUAUGGAUUUGUGUUGUCGGCAGAGCCAUUCUUCAGAAGUAUUGUCAAGGCCGCCAUUGAUUCGUCCAUGUCAAGACUCCUGCGCAAACUUCAAAUCCCCAUCCCCAGCCAUCUUGGACGCUCAGUGUUCGGAGUUGUCGAUGAAACUGGACAAUUGCAGUACGGCCAAGUCUUCGUCAGAUACACGGAGAACGUCGACAACAAAAGUCCAUUGAAGGACUUUGGAACUACCUUGAAAGGAAAAGUCCUCGUCACGAAGUUUCCGUCCUUGUGCGAAGGGGAUGUGCGCAUGUAUGAAGCCGUGGAUAUCCCCGAAUUGUACCAUCUCAAGGACGUAAUUGUUUUCCCUCAAACAGGUCCACGAUCGCAACCAGACGAGAUGGCCGGGUCUGAUCUGGACGGCGACGAAUACGCCGUCAUCUGGGACCCGGAGUUGUUUUUCGAGAGGAAUGAGCCAGCAUUUGCUUAUUCCUCCGAUAAACCCGAAGUCCCGUUUACCUCAUCAGAGAUGGAUCAUAAGAUGAAUCUAUUUUAUGCAGAGUACAUGAAGCAAGAAGAUGUCGGAGUGACGUCAACAAAUCACCUGCACCAGUCCGAUCAAUUCGGAAUUAACUCGGAUGUUUGUAAUGCGAUAGCCGUGAAAAAUGCGAUGGCAUUAGACUACUCCAAGUCAGGUGUCGCCCCGCCACCUUUGACAAGUGAAUGGACUUUUAAUCAUAUCACCGGAAUCAAUGAGCCGCCCGAACGAUCGGAGAGACGGCCGGAUUUCGCUGCAAAUCGAUAUAAUGGCAAUGUAUCCUAUCAAUCGUCCCGUCUUCUUGGGCAAUUACAUCGCGAAUUGCGAUGUGUGAAUGAUGUGCUCGCGUCGUCAUCAGCGAAGCAAGUUCCCAUUGAACUCGACCCACUAUUGGUUUGGAAAAGAUGGGAGAAGUACGCUGAAGUCGCUCGCGUUCAAAUGAUUAGAUAUAAUGGCCAACUGCGAUCGAUAAUGGACACAUUUGGUAUUAACACUGAAGCAGAGAUCUUCUCGGGAUGUUACCGGGAGAUCCGAAACAGACAUUCGGAGAGAGAGCAAGACGACAUGAGUCUCUACAAUACGGAAACAAUAAUCGAGACUCAAAUGACAGAGAUCUACAGAAAGUAUAGAGAGCAGUUCUUCGCCGAGUUCCUGGAAGGGGAGAACGCCUAUAUGAGGCUUACGGAAGUAGAGAACUCAAGAAUGAGCGAUGAUGAAAAGGAUGUGUUGAGAAGAGUCUGCAGGGAACCAAAUAACAAAAUGAUGGCAAAGGCUGUGGCUUAUUACAGAGUUUGUUAUGCAGCUGCUCAGAAGACUGGAGACCAAAAACUGUCGUUUGCUUGGAUAGCAUAUGACAUUCUCAACACAGUCAGACAAAAAAACGUGUUUGCGUCUGACGACAUUCCAGUUCCCCGUCCGCCACAGUUUAAGGCAAUCUGUAACCACAGAAAAACCUUCAUAGAGGAUGACAAACAGGAAUGUAUGAAAAACGGUGGUAUACAUAAAUUUGGUAAAUUCAUUGACCGACUUUUGGUUACCUCGAGCCCAUUUGCGCCGCCGAUAUUGGAUAAACAAGAGGAAAGAGCGACGGAUAUCAUUAUUUCCUAUGUUCAAAACAAUUUGGAACUACAGAAAUGUCUAUUCAUUAUCGAGUCAUGGGCAAAAGCGAAAGGAUUAUUGAGCGAUAACUUGAAAACACCGCAGAGUGGUCUCAAAUGGUAUCACCUCUCAUUGAUGGUCAUUAUGGUGGGCACCAACAAAUUGGGAUCUCUUAUUGACGAGAAUCAGAGACAGAGCGAAUCGAAUAUCAUUGAUUUCAUACCACCAUCAAAAAUAAUUAGCCAAGCACCCAGAAACCAAUAUUCAACGGCGAACCAAGAUCCUCCGAACCCUCGAAAACUGACAGAUACGGAUCUCGAUCGUCUAACUCUCUCAUUCUUCCACUACCUCUCCACCCAAGACUUCCGACGUCUCCGAAAUCUGAACUUCAAGCCAUUCGGUCUGAGCAGUUUGUUUAUGAGAGGAGAAUGGAUUGAGUACCAUAGAGCGGCCACUCAGACCUACUUCAAUAUUUUAUUGAAUCUGAGAUUUGACGAUCUCCCGAUUUCCACGGACCGCAUCUUGGACAGAAGAAGUAAUGUGAUCGAAGGAGAUCCGUUUAUCGUUGAACUUCCAUUCGGAGUCAAAGAGAAAGAAUUGUUGGAAAAGUUGAGAGAAAACUCAACAUGUGUGGAGAUUCAAGGCAGAGUGGACAAGAAGUUCGUUGAGGGAGUUGAACGGUUCGUCAUCUCCUGCCGUGGGACAAUCGAGGCAAUCAAUCAACUAAAAGAUUUUGCCAUUAUCAAGUUGCCUCGCUACCAAUAUCAACAAAACGAGAGAAUGGCCAAACCUCUUGCCCAUCUCGUCUACUAUCAAGUGAUGGGCGAGAAAUAUGUUGACAAGAACCCGAAUCGACCAAAAAAUCAGAAAAAGGACAAGGGUAGAAACCGCAGAAGCAUGCCAGAGCGGCAAGUUUCGAUGCCUGGUCCAAUUGCCCCCCGCCGAGGAGGACAAUAUGGACAUGCGUUCCAGGGCGGACCUUCCAGGCAGACCGUCGGCGGUGCGAUUCAGGAGUUGAGUGAAGACAGAUAUUAG